AUGGGUGAUACGAAUGGACAAGUAGUAGCUGGUGGCAAUGGCAAAGGAAAUCGAUUGGAUCAAUUAUAUUACCCAACCGAUGUGUUGAUUGACAAAGAGACGGAUAGUCUCAUUAUUUGUGAUUACGCGAGUCGACGAGUCGUACGAUGGUCUCGUCGUAGUGGUACAACUCAAGGAGAAAUUCUCAUCGACAACAUCUCGUGUUGGGGAUUGGCCAUGGAUGAUCAGAGAUAUUUCUAUAUCUCUGAUCCCGGCAGACAUGAAGUAAGACGAUAUCAAAUAGGAGACAAUAAUGGAACUCUUGUGGCUGGUGGCAAUGGCGAAGGUGCUGGUCUCAAUCAACUCAACUGGCCGACCUACAUCUAUGUCGAUCAACAACAGGCUGUUUACGUGGAAUGUUUAUGUUUUAUGGGUAACGCUGAUGAAUUCACGUAUACAGUUGAUUUAACUAGUAAUCAAGCAACAUCAACAACACCGUCAGAUUCUUCGUCAUUAUUACUUCCACUAUCAAUACAUGAUGAUAGUCCAUUACUUGAUUUAUCAGAAAAUACAACUAUUAAACGAAAACGUCAAGAUAAACAUUCAUAUAUAAAUGAAUAA